CAGGGACAUAUUGCGUUUUAAUCGUGAUCGAGAUUUUACGUAGUCAUUUUAAUAGAUUUUACGUUAAAUAUAUAUCUUUAAUCGAGAAAAAAGAUUUCUUUGGAUCUUCUGUGUGAUUUCUUCAAAUUUAAACGACAAUUUUUUAUUACGAAAUGGAGCAUUUUAAAGCAUAUUUGAUAAUUCAAGGAUCCUCGAAGGAAGAAGAGAUUCGAAGAUUUACGAUUGAUUCUGACGUUGUGACAAGUUAUGUCUAUUUGAAAGAAAAAUUACAAACUGUUUUUCCAAACCUACGUGGAAAAAAAUUUACAAUCACUUGGAAAGAUGCCGAAGAUGAUCAGAUAGCAAUAUCAACUGAUGAAGAGUUACUCAUUGCUUUAGCUGAAUCCUCACAACAUGGCACUCGUAAAUUAUACAUUAUACAACAUCCAGAGCAUGAGAAAAAUGUAUAUGUUCAACCAGAAGAAAUUGCAGGAGUACUCCAUCAUAAUAUCGUAUGCGAUGGUUGCAAUAAGAAUGUUAAAGGUUUCCGAUAUAAAUGUAUUGAAUGUCCAGAUUAUGAUUUAUGUUUCGAUUGUGAAUCAAGAGGAGUACAUCCUGAACAUUGUAUGAUACGUAUAGCAGUACCAUUGCAAUGGACAUCCAGAUAUGGUAGACGCUUGGCUCAUCAUAUGAAAAAAUUUAUUAGAAAAAGUGCUACAUAUAAUACAAGAGCGGAAGAUACAAGAGAAUGUCCAGCUAUGAAUGAGAAACAUUGUGGAAGAUCUAGACCGAAUUGCGAUAAUUCUUCAUGGGUGGACACUUUUGCAGAUUAUUUUAAUGAUUGGACCUACAAUGCAGGUGAGUGUCCCAUGAAGAAUAAUAUUCAAAAACCGCCAGAGACAGCAACUGAAGCUAUACCUUCGCCCAAUAAACCAUCAUCUAAAGAAACUAAAAAAGAGGCAAAACCACAUAUAGAUCUUUUAAAGAUGGUAGAAGACAAUAUCGCUCAAUUUUUGAAUCCUCUUGGAAUUGACAUCAGUAUGAAAGUUAAAAAUAAUGAAAAAUCUGAUAUGCCUCAAAAUAAUGCCCCUACUAAACAAGCUGAACCAAAAGUGUCAUCAAAUACAAAUGAAAAUGCUUCUGCAAAGUUUCCUGGAGAAGGCAGGAAAUUGACAGAAGAACAAAAUAUUAAUAUUCCUGCAUCUAAUGUUGAAUCUUUAACUAAUAAAAAUGCUUCACCUUCUGAAAAAUCUGAUAAAUCCUCAGAUGAUGAAGAUUGGACUAUGGUGAAUAAAGAUGAACGAUCUGCUGCACCUAUUACCCCUGCUGCUUCUGUUACUGAUCAAACUUUGCUGAAUCCUUCUACUUCGUCUCAACCCACUAAUGAAAAUGUGCCAAACAAGGUUGUUAAUCCAUCAGCACCUAUAAUAGAAGAGUCAAAUGGAAAUUUUUAUCCACAAUUACCAAAACCAGUUCAACAAGUUAUCUAUCAUCAAAACCCAAAGAUACAAAAUGCUGUUGAAAUUAUGAUGACUAUGGGAUUUUCUAAUGAAGGUGGUUGGCUUACUCAACUAUUAGAAAUCAAAGAUGGUGAUAUUGGAAAAGUUUUAGAUAUGCUAUCACCUGUGCGCGAAUGACGCAAUUUAUCUUGACUAUAUCUUAUUAAAAAAAACUUAAGGGAAACCUUAUAUAAAAAUAAAGUUAUAUAUCUUUAAAUAUUGUAGUAACAUUCCAACUUUAAUAAUAAUCUAUAAUUCUA